GCUUGUGCCUUCCUUUUACAUUUGGUUUUGUAUAUGCAUGGUUGUACGUGUAUGAGCAAGCUCAGUAAGCCUGGUGGCCAAUGUGACUUCCGAUACAAUACACUGCGUUGAAGAAAGAGAGAGACUUAGUGCAAGGGACAAAGAAGAAAAGUGAUGUAUCAAAAUCAUAACAUAUAGCAAUAUAAUAUUAUAGGAAAAGAACAUAAAAAGAAGUGAUAAGAAUGUGCGACAAAAAGGAAAUAUAAUUGGAUAAAGGUAGUUAUAGAGGAAAGAAACAGAAGUUCUCAGGAGAAAAAGUGUUUUGGGGAAAUACCAUGAAGAUCCAGAGUGUUCCAUCAGUUGUAGUCAUUUGGCUAUGCAUGGGUUUUAUUUCUGGACAGGAUGAAGGCUCCGAGGAGAGAUUUCAUGUGAGCAUCUCAGGGACUACUGUUCAGAUCUCUUGUCCCAAUUACAAUAAUGACAAUAAUCCAGAAACAACUUUAACCAAUACAGAUACUGGUGACAAAACAGAAUCCAAAGAUUUCGUUCAUGAACUGCAAAGUUAUACAGAGUCCAAGAAUGGCCUGUAUAUGUGUUCCAUCGGUAACAAUAAAAGAUAUCUCUACCUAAAGGCUUAUGUAUGUGACAACUGCAUUGAUCUGUCUGUUGCUCUGGUAGCUGGAGUCCUGCUUGCCGACUGCCUGGUUACCCUUGGGGUAGCUUUUGUUAUAUAUUUUGGAUGCAAGAAAAAAGCUGGUCUUCCAAGAGAUGGAGGAAUGGCUAACGGAGGCCGAAACAGAGGCAAUAAGGAACGCCCUCCACCUGUGCCCAACCCAGACUAUGAGCCAAUUCGGAAAGGAAAGCAAGAUGUGUAUGAUGGAUUGGAUCAACGCUUCAGAUGAUUCCGCUCUAUGAAGGCUUGCCAGAUAUUUCUGCCCAUGUUUCUGCUAUGUUUUUGUAUUAUGCACCAUUGCUUAUAUAUAUAACCCCAAAUGCCACCUGCAUGUCAACAACGCAUAGUUUAAGUGAUAUUUUGGAAAUUUCUAUUUUGGAUAUUUUGGAUUUUUUGGAAUAAUAAAAACAUGAUGUCAGUUAAAGCUGUUAAGAUGUCCAAAGAAUCCAAAAAAAUGCUUUUUCUUUAAGUAACCUUUUUGAUCUACAUGCCCUCCUCUACAAACAGUUAUUAAUAUUUAUUAUUUACAAGCAUAGGUGAGGAUGUGCUUACUGUCAAAGAUAAGCAAGUACCCAGGUGUGUAGAUUAGCAGGGGUUAUGGGGAGAGUACUGAAUGUUUGGGAUAUGAUUUGAGGCAAGCUUUGAGACAUUUUUAUUUGCCACUUCUUAGUUAUUCUUUUUCUUUAUGCUGCAUCAAUAAACUAAUGCAUGUAUUGUGAA